CACAUAAAUAAAUACGCUACCGUACGUAGGAAGGAACGCACGCUAAUUGACGAAGCAUCAGAUACCGUACAAAACAACACCACCUCUCUCUCUCUCUCUCAGUACCUCACUCCCUCUCUCUCAUACUGUUUCGUACAAUCCGAGAAGGGCUCCAGGAAGGAGGAGGAAUACCGAAUACUAUCCAUCGAUCAGAGGGGGGACAGUAUAUGGAAUUACACAACACGGCCGUGUUGGAGGUUGUUUGAAUGGUUCUUGCUUGUUAGCUUCUUUUAGCGGCGGCGGAGUUUGAAUGGAGCUGUACGGCGAUCAGGAGCAGGCGGAAUGGGGCGAGGAGACGGGUCUGGAAGAGUCGAUGCGGAGGCUGAAUUUGUGGAACGGAGAAGCGUACCCGGAGAGGCCGGGUUUGCCCGACUGCGCAUACUACAUGCGGACCGGGUCGUGCGGGUACGGAUCCAAGUGCCGCUACAAUCAUCCCCGGGACCGUAUCAGUUCGUUUGCAGGUGGAGAUUAUCCCGAAAGAGUCGGGGAACCUGCUUGUCAGUUCUAUCUAAGAACAGGAACCUGUAAAUUUGGUGGAUCUUGCAAGUUUGACCAUCCAAAGAAUGUCGGGAGUGUACUAAUGAAUUCACUUCUCAAUGUUUAUGGAUAUCCAUUACGACCGGGCGAAAAAGAGUGCUCCUAUUAUUUGAAAACGGGGCAAUGCAAAUUUGGUAGAACCUGUAAAUUUGAUCAUCCUCAACCUGCUGGUGCGUCCGUGCCAGCAUCUGCACGUCCAUUUUAUCCGACGGUGCAGUCGCUUUCUUCUUCUCCCGAGCAUUAUGACAGCACAAAGUCCAGUUACAGGGUUGCAAGACCUCCUUUAUUGCCUGGCUCAUACGUGGCUGGUGCGUACGGUCCGAUGUUGCUCCCGGGAGUUGUUCCCAUACCAAACUGGAAUCCUUACUCGGCGGGAUCAGUGAGCCCUGCUCCCUCACCUGGAGCACAGCCCUCUGUCGGAGGUGCAACUUCUGUAUACGGCGUGUCACAAUUGGGUUCUUCUACACCUACUUUUAUAGAUCCUUCAGGUAGCGUAAUGACAGAGCAGCAAUUUCCUGAGAGACCCGGCCAGCCAGAUUGCAAGUACUAUAUGAAAACUGGAGACUGUAAAUAUGGGUCGUCGUGUAGAUAUAACCACCCAAAAGAUUUGGUUAUAUCACUGUCUAAUUGUGCUCUCAGCCCAUUGGGGCUGCCUCUGCGUCCGGGGUUGGAGACCUGCACUUUUUACAUGCAGAGGGGACACUGCAAAUUCGGGCGUACAUGUAAAUUUGAUCACCCCAUGCCUACCAUAAAAUACAGUCCAGCUUCUUCAUAUACAGAAAUGCCGGGUUAAAUGCACUGCAGGAUCGAAAGUGGAUCCUAGCACCACCAGGAUGCAGCAACAUAGAUCACAGCUUCCGGUGGUUAUGUGGACCUAAAUGGCUUCAAAAAAAUUGUUUCCACCUCACUCAACGCCACCCGGUUCUUGAAUCAGAACUUGUCUCCAAGUAAGCAGCAAAUCAGAAUAAGAUGCGGUGAAGUUCACUUUUUCAAUUGAUGUAAAUACAUUACAUCCCCUUCUUACUUAUUGCUUCGCGGAUUAUCAACUAGCCUCAAAACUUCUAUAAGCAUCAUUGAACUUUUAUUUUAUUUUAUUUUUGUUUCUGAAAUUCUUAAUUUAACUGAUGACCAUUGUUGGGAGCAAGAUGAUGACCAUUUAUUUCUGAAAAGAUUUUUUUUUUUA